AUGCAAGUACAAGACAAGAAUCCUAGAAUUUUUACUGCUGUUUGUGUACAGCGUUCACCAGUUGUUACAAAGAUGAAGUCUCAUCUAGAAGUAGCUUAUCAAAAAUUUCAAGAUCAGCUGGAGUUGGAACACAGUGCUCUGUCUGAAGAUGAAGUUCAGUUAGAAGAAUUCCUGCAAAGGAAAAAAAAGCUAAAAGAUGAUGACGAUGAAAAUAUGACAAUAGGAAUAUUUGAGGCAGACAGGAAGGUAAGAUGUAUAGUUUGGCCUGAGGUAAUCAACAUCCAGACUGCAAAAACUGACCUGCGGUAUAUUUAUCCGUAGCGCAGUUUCAUCUUACUACAGUGCAGCUCAGUGAUAAGCGUCCAAAAAUUUGCGUGCGAAACGCGUGUGCGCAAUUUGCGUGGUGUCUAGAAAACGAAGACCCCCCUUAAAAUCACUUGGAAACGGCUUGAAACUGCUUAUAAUCAUAUGUUAUCUCACGGUUGGUGAGUGCGUACGUUUUUUAUUCACGAGUUGUAUAAAACUGAAAUGGCUUCCUUGUAAAAUACUUUACAUCUAAAUUAUCAAGCAAAAAUGCGGUGAAAAGGCAGAACUAGUUAGAAUAAAAUAAGACAUCCUGAAAAUAUGUCGAAAUAGUUCUACAAAAGUUCAAAAUUUGAAAUACAGAAGUGAAAACCCGAGAUUGACAAACACUAGUCAGAAUCCGAAUCAAGAGGUUUGAUUCUUUUAUAAGUUUUGCUAGGGUUUUCCUCUCGCACUGAAAGUGUGGGCGAUUGAUUAAAAGUGUUAAUUGCCACACUAAAAUGUCCUCCACUUAUAACAGCACCCGAAAAAAGAGAAAGGGGUUGCUGUGACAGCUGCAAUAGUUAAUUCGAGAUUUGGAUGCUUCAUCGUUUCUGGCCUCGAGUAAAUUUCAUUCCGCCACAAGAUAAGGGAACAAAGCCUGCGUUCUUCUGAUGAUACCGCCAUUGUUACUGGAUUCAUGGAAUUACAAUAAUGGAAUGAAUUUUCUAUUAUGAAAUCUCUCGCGGAUACUAUUUCCUGUUACGUCAUCCUAAAUUCUGCAGCUGCCUGAGUAUCAAACAACAUAAACGCCCGUGCAUUUAUUACUCUGGAUCAGGCGCGACAUUUAAUCCUCUACUGGCCGGUGAUUUAGUAUUUUAACUUAAACCGGAUCCCAUAGGGAUAAUUAGAAUACCGGCAAUAGUGUCCUCGCGAAACAAUGAUGUAAACAAAAACACAGUCGCCUCGACUUGUGUUCGUCGGAACAUUAAAUCUAAAAAAGGUUACUUGUUGUCACAACAACCCUACUCCGUUACGACCACGGACUUUCUGCUUACGGAAUUGCCUGUCCGUACGCAAAAAGACUGCAGUUUUCCAAGAAUAUCUGUGCAGUAACAAGAUUGAUGUAUGUGCAUUAACUAAGACUUGGCUAUCCUCUGACGAUGAGGCGGUUAGAGCUGAAUGCACUCCUAUUGGUUACAUGCUUCAUGAUCAAAUACGCUGUCACCGAGGUGGGGGUGGUAGCGUUCUGUUGUCUCGUACAGAACUGACCGUGACCCUUCACACUACUGGGGAAAAGACCUUGUUUGAGUUUGCUGAAUUAUUGUCAUCGUAGGAAACAACAAAGUAAAGGUAGCCAUUAUCUAUCGGACACCGUACUCUGAAAAACACCCAGUAACGGUAGCCACCUUUCUUAGCGAAUUCGCUGAAUACCUAGAAUCAAUUGUGCUGUCAUCUGAACGUUUCCUCAUUGUAGGAGACAUGAAUAUUCACGUGAACGUCCCAGAUGAUGCCGACGCUAUAAAGUUUUUAGAUCUCCUGAACUGCAUGGGGCUAACACAGCAUGUGACUACACCAACUCACCGUUCUGGACACACUUUAGACUUGAUUAUUACACGGGACCUGGAUAGCUUUGUUCAGACCUCGCCCAUCUCUGACAGUUUUCUGUCAGAUCAUUGCACUGUUUUAUUUGAACUAACUCUCCGUAUGCUGGCUACAACUCUUAAGGAGGUCUGCUACCGGAAGACUAAGGCUAUUGACAUUGAAUCGUUCAAGGAUGAUCUCAGGAAAUCGAGACUAUGCCAGGACCAACCCGAUGCACUUACAGACCUUGUUUCCUGUUACGGUUCAACCAUGACCAGCCUGUUAGAUAAACANACGCUAUAAAGUUUUUAGAUCUCCUGAACUGCAUGGGGCUAACACAGCAUGUGACUACACCAACUCACCGUUCUGGACACACUUUAGACUUGAUUAUUACACGGGACCUGGAUAGCUUUGUUCAGACCUCGCCCAUCUCUGACAGUUUUCUGUCAGAUCAUUGCACUGUUUUAUUUGAACUAACUCUCCGUAUGCUGGCUACAACUCUUAAGGAGGUCUGCUACCGGAAGACUAAGGCUAUUGACAUUGAAUCGUUCAAGGAUGAUCUCAGGAAAUCGAGACUAUGCCAGGACCAACCCGAUGCACUUACAGACCUUGUUUCCUGUUACGGUUCAACCAUGACCAGCCUGUUAGAUAAACAUGCUCCACUUCAGAAGAAGACUAUCACGGUUCGUUCGCGGGUUCCUUGGUUCAAUAGCGAAUUCAAGGAAGCCAGCGUUUUCGUAGACGGAACGAAAGAAUAUGGCCAGGGACAGGGCUCAAGUCAGACAGGGUAAAAUUCGUCUAGGCAUGUAAUCAUAUAAAAAACGAUGAUGGAGCAAGCAAGGUGUGACUAUUAUUUCAAUCUUAUUAAUUAAAACAAGUGUGAUCAGAGAAAGCUUUUCAAAAUGGCCAGUGCACUACUAGGAGGGUCGUCACAGGAACAAUACCCCAAACAAUACCCUGCUAUGCCUGCUAAUAAUUUUGGGAGAUUCUUUACACAAAAGAUCGAUGACAUUCGCUAAAAGCUGGACAGGAUUGACCCCUCAUCAAAUGAGCCUGACUACUCGACCAGGAGUAGCGUCCAAGCCACUCGUAUACUGGCACACCCUUCACUAACUUCGAGCCUAUAUAUAUCGUCUGAAGGUAUCAAAAAACUGGUGCUGAAUGCCCCAAACAGACUUGCAACAAUGACCCUAUACCUACCACGAGUGUUAAAGACUGCAUUAAUGAACUCUUACCGACCAUUUCCAACAUGGUUAAUCUUUCGCUCAGUAGUGGUCAUUUUCCUGACAUUUAGAAAGAGGGUUUAGUGAGACCAAAGUUAAAGAAAGUCAACAUGGAUUUGAUAAAGAAAAACUACCGGCCCGUCAGGAAUCUCGCAUUCCUUUCAAAGAUCACUGAAAAGGCAGCUGCACUACAAAUCUCUGAUCAUGUGUCAUUCAAUCAGAUGUUUCCAGAAUUUCAAUCAGCCUACCGCAAAUAUCACAGUACGGAGACUGCCUUACUGCACAUGCGCAACGACAUACUCGUCAGCAUGAACAAACAACAAGUCACAUUACUAGUGUUCCUAGAUCUAAGCACUGCCUUUGAUACAGUAGACGAUGAUAUAUUACUGGGGCGCCUGGAAUACAAAUUUGGAAUUAAAGAUCAAGCAGUAACGUGGCUCAAAUCCUAUCUGUCGAAUAGAUCCCAGUGUAUUGCAAUCGGCAGUGCAAAGUCAGACAGUUUUGAUCUGAAGUUUGGUGUGCCACAGGGCUCCUUUCUCGGCCUAAUGCUGUUCUCCCUUUACACUAGUGAGCUUUUUGAUGUCACUAGCCAGCACUUGCCAACAGCGCACAGUUACGCCGAUGAUACCAGUAUCUAUUUGGCAUUCAAUCCAAACGAUGAUGCCGAUCAAGACGCCACCAUUGCAGCAAUGGAAGCGUACCUCUGUGACAUCCGAAGCUGGAUGAUCAAUGACAAACUCAUGAUCAAUGAUUCCAAGACUGAGUUUAUGCUCAUUGGGAUGAAGGCGCAGCUACAGAAAACUAAAAGCGCUACUCUAACUAUUGGCGAAUCCAUCAUCUCUCCCAGCACGGAACCCCUUAGAAACUUAGGUUUGACUGCCAUUUCAACCUGAACUUUAACAUAACCAAAACUUGUAGGAGUGCUUUUUUUCAUCUACACAAUAUUAGACACGUCAGAAAAUAUCUUAGCAUAGAAUCUGCCGAGAAAUUAGUCCACGCUUUCAUCACAAGCAGAUUGCACUAUUGUAACUCACUUUUAUAUGGACUACCCCACUGCGCCCUCACUAAACUGCAGCGUGUUCAAAACGCACGGCACGGCACCACGGUAUUGCCAUAUCACACCAAUAUUGUACGAAUUACACUUGCUGCCUGUAACAUUUAGAAUAGAAUUUAAGAUUAUUAUAAUCAGUCACAAAGCAAUCCAUGGAACAGCUCCUAAUUAUUUAUCAUCUCUCGUUAACUUUGAACCUAAUUCUUCCUGCAGCCUCAGAUCAAAUAACAAAUAUCUGCUUUCAAAUCCAAACUUCAGGACUCUCCCUAAUCUUGGUGACCGGGCCUUUGUAGCCCGCCGCACCAAAACUGUGGAAUAAUCUUCCGUUAUAUCUUAGAUGCACCUCCGAUUUUGAAGUUUUUAGACGUAAUUUGAAGACUUACCUUUUUAAAAAAGCCUUUUCUGAUAUAAUGUUAUAAUUUAUAGACUAGACAAUUAUUCAUUCGUGUAAUUUUUAAUUGUAAGCCGCAUUUGAAAACUGUAUAGUUGAAUUUGCGCGGUAUAAAUAAAUGUUAUUAUUAUUAUUAUUAUUAUUAUUAUUAUUAAAGUUAUUUUUCAAGAAAUAGUUUACCUAGACCUAUAUUCUGACAACGUUUGGGGAUUUUCGAUCUUUUUCAUUUUGCACACCUUCAGGCGAUAUUUACAUACGGCCGCUCUUAAGUAGUAUAAUAACACUGAGCAUAGUUCCAUUAAAGUGACACCCAUAGAAGCCAGUAAAAAGAAGAAUGAAAGUACCGUGUAUUUCAGUCUACCUAGCGAUACAAUUGAGCAAUUGUCAUCUAAACCCCAGUUCAAGGCUGGUGAUAAAGUCAGGAUAGGUACACACCUAAUUGGACUGAACAGAUAUUCCUGGUUGAUAAAAUCCAUUCCACAAAUCCAAUCACCUAUAGGUUAAAGGAUCUCAACAACGAGGAGAUACAAAGGAGCUUUUACGAACCUGAAUUACUAAGGGCAAAACAGGAUAUAUUCAGGAUUGAUAAAGUCAUUCGGAGAGAUUGCAAGAAAAAACAAGGUGUAGUAUCUUGGAAGGGAUAUAGCGACGACUUUAAUUCUUGGAUUCCAUUAAAGAGUUAAAAAGAUUUAUCUACCUAAUAUAUAAUUAACAAUUAGUCCAUGAGGGCGCGUUGGAUAUGAGAUGGUAGAUAGCCAACGAGGCGCGUAGAAAAGAGAGAAGAAAAGAAAAAGAAUUUUUAAGUGACAGCCGUCGAAAUUACUGUGAGUUUGGAUUUUCGGUGCAGUUACAAAAGUAAGAACAACGGAGAAAAACUAUUACCUCGGUCGCUUGUUAUGAAGUUGUUUGAAGCCACCAGCUAGUUUUGCUGAACGAGAAAAGAAGCUAUACUGACGCCUCGAUUGCUGUGGUGAAUGGCUGCAUAGCCUGUAUUUGUAGCUGGUUGCUUGUGAUUUAUAUUCUUCAUGUUGGAUAAACAAGCCGCAGUUAUCUAUCGGCAAGUGGCUUCGCAAUCAUGAAGAAACAACGCUUGUCUUCUUUCGUAGCUGGUCAAGGUACUUCAGUUCCAUCAUCUGUUUUUCGAUAAAUUUUCAAACAGGCUUGUGGCUUUUUUGUUUGUUUGUUUUUUCCCCGAUAAAAUUGCAUUUUCUAGCAUUCUAAGAAAUCAAUUAAAACGAUUUGCUUCGGGCGCCAUUCUAUCCUCCGCGAAAGAAAAUCUCAGUUAGCUUCCAGUUUUAAACUGACGCGUACACCGACCAUAUAUGGAGAGCAUAGUAUAAUUGUAAUGAAAUCAGUACAUUAACAGUAAAUUAUGUACGUGUAAUUAGUCGUCAUUAUGUACAUCACUAAUCAGAUAUUCUAAGCCUUGGCUGACUGGAAUAAACACAAGACCAUAUACAGAUCAGUCUGAUUGAUAUCUUCGAAAAUAAUGGCUCAUAUACCAUAAUGGCUAAGCCAAUCAAAACGCUAGAAUUGCAUUAUCAAAUGAUUGAGUUUUUAAUAAUGGCUGAUAGAAUACCAGUGUUACGGACUUGUAUAGCGUUACAGCAUGACAUCGGGUCACAUGAAACUUGACGUUUGCAAUCAGGUGACUUUAGCGUUUUCGCUUUUUUCUGUUCUGAAAUAAAUCUCUCUCUGUGUGGUUGAUAUUUAUCGAUGUGGAACCUUAAGAUCCUUUGAAUUCUUCGAAAUCAGCGAUUAACGCCCUCUAAAGCAUUACCUUCUCUUACAUGGUCACUCCGAACCGGAUUAUUCUGUUGGUGAUAGUUCUUGUUGUGUUAACCCUUGGACCGGACAAUUCUUGUUUACAAGCACGUGAUGUGAUUUUUCAUUCGUCAACGAGUUGACUAUUUUAAAAGUGCAUGUGAUGCCACCCAAAGUGAAAGCCAUUUCAAGGAAAAAAGCUGCGCGUGAAGGACACAGAACAACCGUCAAACGUAUUGCUUACGCCGUCAGUGAACAACUGGAUGCCUCGUGGAGCGACGUUAGCCUGGACGAGAACAAACAAGCGCUUGCCCUACUCGUGUCAAAGCUUCACCAGCAAAGUCAAACCCUGCACGUCAAAUUGGAAACCCUAAAAGUUGUGGACGAAGAAAUCUUGUCAAUCGUGGAAGAAGAGGAAAUCGAAGACGAAAUUCGGGAAGCAGAUCUCGUAAAUGAAUUAAUUUAGCUCACCAUCACUAGAAUCGAUAAUUUUCUUGAAAAUUUGAAGUCCCCCGCGAAGACCGUGGACGCACCAAAGGACAAGACACCAGUAAGCCCUUCUAGAGUUGUUACUAGUGACUUCUUACCGUCAAAUGACUCUGUUGAAUCUCCGGUAAGCCUUUCUGUAUCUGCUGGAAAUGUUGAACCCUCGAAUAAUCUUGUUGAAUCUCCUAAUCCAACACCAAUUUUAAGCUUACCUACUCAAGAAAGAGUCCCUGGAGUUAAAUUACCUAAACUGGACUUGAGAAAAUUUGUUGGAGAAGUUAGUACAUGGCCCACCUUCUGGGAUGCCUUCGAGUCCUCUAUUCAUAGGAAUCCUACAUUGGCUCCUAUUGACAAGUUCAAUUAUUUAAACUCACUCCUUAUGAAACCAGGUCUUGAUGCCAUUUCUGGCCUGUCUCUCACUGCAUCAAAUUAUGAAGAAGCAGUUGCGAUCCUUAAGAAGAGAUUCGGAAACAAGCAACAAAUUAUCAGUCACCACAUGGAUAUUCUUCUUAAUGUUAGCCCUAUGACUAAUCAAGACACAAGAAAGCCAAGGGAACUAUAUGACACUUUAGAGUCUCAUGUAAGAACCCAUUAUUCACUAGUAAUCGUUUUAAGCUCCUAUGGAAGUUUACUCUCAUCAAUUAUUAUGAACAAGCUGCCUCAAGAGCUACGAUUGAUUAUUAGUAGAGAAAUAAAGGAUCAAGAUUGGCAGCUAGAUAAUAUUAUGCAUUCAUUGGAGGACGAGUUAAAAGGCAGAAAGCGUGCAGUCCCUCAUGAUGAGUGUCAGAUAUCAGAUGGAAUUCAAGGAUUCUCAAAGGCUCAGACGCGUUCAACUACGUCUGCUUUAUUUACAGGACAUUCAGGAACCACUUGUACAUAUUGUAAACAGAGCCAUCCUACUAACUCCUGCUAAAUUGUGACCAAAAUUGUGCUGCUCGAAAGGAUCUUCUCAUUAAGCAAGGAAGAUGUUUUGUUUGCCUCAGGAAAGAUCAUCUCAGCAGAAAUUGUCCUUCAAAGAAUCAAUGUUUCAAGUGUAAGGGACGACAUCAUAUCAGCAUUUGCCCAUCUGAUGGCAGCAAUGAAGGUAGUGCCCACAAUAGUACCAAUGUUGCAAGAACACCGAGUCAAGAACAGCCUCAGAAUCAGCGCGGGAACAAUGAUGAAGGUACCCCCAGACCUGGCGUAAAUUCCUUUAGAGCUGCAUCCAGACAGGAACAGAACCAGAAACAACCAAAGACCUUAAAACAACCUCACAGCCCUGUAUGUCAGCGCCGCUACUCCAGUCCUACUUCAAACAGCCAAAGCAUUGACAUACAAGCCUGGCAAUUCAGCAGUCACAGUGAAGGCUCGUUUUAUCCUAGAUAGUGGAAGCCAACCAACCUAUGUGAGCACAAGGCUAAGAGAGCGUUUAAGGUUACUUACUGAGAACACUGAAAGAAUAUCCAUCAAAACCUUUGGUUCGACAAAUGAGAAUAGUCAGUGUGUGGAUGUUGUCCGAUUCUGUGUCGCUACUGAGCAAGGAGAAGAUGCAGAACUGUCAGCCUUUAUCGUUCCCACUAUAUGCGAUUCUCUUCAAAGUCAAUCUGUUGUACAAGCUAGCCUCACCUACGCUCAUUUAAAGGGACUUAAACUUGCUGACUACCAUACGCGUGAAGACAAUGUUGACCCUGAUAUUCUCGUUGGGUCCGAUCAGUAUUGGAGUGUAGUAUCUGUAUCUGGUGGUACGAGGAGAGCAUGGCCCCACUGCAAUUGAAACAAAACUUGGAUGGGUUUUGUCAGGUCCAAUCCCAGAAGGAACACAAGUUAAUAGGCAGCAAAGUAAUCUUGUCACAACACAUGUAGUGAAGAGUGUAGUAAAACCUGUUGAUGUCACAAAUGAGACCCUUGAUGGAACUCUAAAGACAUUCUGGGAACUAUAAUCACUUGGCAUUAAAUCAAGGAUGCUGUAUGAAAAUUUUCAAGAGAAGAUAUCCUUUACGAAUGAGAGGUAUGAAGUCCACCUUCCCUUGAAAACGCCGCAUCCGCUUCUUCCAGACAACUAUCAGUUUAGCAGGAAACGUCUAGAGAACCUUCUUGAACGUCUUCGCCACGAGCCUGAAGUCCUUAGCGAAUAUGACUCUGUCAUAAAGGAACAGCUACAUAGAGGCAUAGUUGAAGUUGUAGAAAAGCCUAGCGAAGGAGAAGUUGGUAGGGUCCACUACAUAUCGCAUCAGGCAGUCAUAGGAAGGGACAAGUUAACAACCAAGCUUAGAGUCGUUUAUUAUGCUUCUGCAAAAUCUGAUGUUGUAACCUUGAACGAUUGUCUGUAUGCAGGACCACCCUUUGCUGAGAACAUUAUUUGAUGUACUUUUUCGUGUUAACCAAGUGGCUUUGACCAGUGAUAUCGAAAAGGCAUUUCUGAUGGUGGGCAUGGCAGAAGAAGAUAGAGACGUGUUAAGAUUCCUAUGGGUGGGUGCUAUUGACAAACCUUCUCCAGAAAUUGUGGUUCUAAGGUUUACUCGUAUUGUCUUUGGAGUCUCAUCUAGUCCUUUUCUGUUAAAUGCCACAAUCAAGCAUCACAUCGAAAGGUACAAAGAAACAGAUCCUGAAUUCGUAGAGAAAUUUCUUCGCUCGAUUUAUGUGGAUGACCUAAGUUCUGGAGCCCCUGAGACUAAUACAGGCUAUGAACUUUAUCUGAAGUCCGAACUCAGGCUUGCCGAAGGAGGAUUCAACCUCAGGAAGUUUGUAUCAAAUUGCCCUGAACAAACAAACAUAAUUCAAUGUAAUGAAUCCAGAAACUCUGAUGCCGGUACAUCCAGUAAGACUGCUAAGCCCAAGUGUGUACAGUCCCCUCGAGCCUAUCCAGAAAGGAAUGUUGUUUCUGAAGACAAAACUUACGUCAAGAGGAUGCUUGACACAAUAGAAGAGAAAAACAGCUGAGACUCAAAGGUCCUUGGAGUAACACUGGAACCCCAUGAAGGAUGCAUUGAUAUUUGAUUUGACCGAGAUAGCGAACUUUGCAAGAGACCUUAAACCCACCAAUAGCAAUGUUGGUUGUGUUGCCGCGAAGUUUUAUGACCCUUUUGGAUUUCUUUCACCAGUUGGUAUAGAGUUUAAGUUGUUCUUCCAAGAACUUUGCCGAAUAAAAAUUGGUUGGGAUGAUCCCUUGAAUGAUGAAUUGUUGAAGAUGUGGCGCAAGCUGUUGGAUGGGUUAGAAGGUGUAACAGCACUUUCGCUAUUAAGAUGCUACUUCCAAGGAGUGCAAGAGAGAGUUGUCAGUUGUAGCCUUCAUGGAUUUGUUGACACAUAUAGUAAGGCCUAUGCAGCAGUGAUCUACCUGCACGUGACUACCACCACAGGAAGCUAUGUCAAGUUUGUUGCAUCCACGUCCAGAGUUGGCCCUGCGAAAGAAUUAUCCAUUCCAAGAUUAGAGCUUCUUGCUGCUCUAGUAAUAGCUAGGCUGAUUGAGCAUGUUAACGAGGCCUUGCAACUGGAAUUGGCAAUUACAGAUAUAACUUGCUGGACUGAUUCUAAAAUAACAUUAUUUUGGAUCAAAGGCGAAGAAAAAGGGUGGAAGCAAUUUGUCCAAAAUCGAGUCAAUUAGAUCAGGAGCCUUGUAACAGUGAGUAGUUGGCGACGGUGUAACGGAAAGGAUAACCCAGCCGAUAUUCCCUCAAGAGGAUUGAAUCCUGUAGAAAUCUCAAAGUGUGCCUUGUGGAUGAAGGGCCCCAAGUGGUUAUCUAGUUUUAAGGAAAACAGUGAGAGCGUGUUUGACAGCACACAUAUAUACCUGAAGAAUGUUUUGCAGAAAUCAGAGCUGAGGAAAGAGCAAAGUGCCUAAAAGAAGCCUCAUCCGUGAUGCUGGCAGCAGUUGAACCCUGCGGUAUAGCACAGAUCGUGAGAGCAGAAGACUAUAGCAACCUGCAGAGACUCAUAAGAGUUACUGUCCUAGUUCUAAAGUUUGUGAGAAUCAUGAAGUUAUUGCUGAAAAGGGACACCCUUUCACAAGACGAGUCGACGGAUGAAGAUAUUGUCGAUGCAGAAACCCUUUGGAUUAAGGAAAUACAGAAGUCCUUAAGCGAGAAUCCCAAGUUCGAUAUUUGGAAGAAGCAGUUUGGCAUCUUCACCGAUCAUCAAGGCAUUAUGAGAUGCACUGGACGCUUAGCCAAGGCAGAGUUACCAACUUCACUCAAGCACCCCAUUUUGUUGGAGAAAGACCACCACAUCACAUCCUUAAUUUUCGUUGACAGCCAUAAACGAGUUAUGCAUGGUGGUGUGAAGUCCACUGUGACAGAACUAAGAGGAAGAUUUUGGAUCGUACAGGGCAGACAGUUUGUUACAAAGCUAUUGUACAAGUGUGUGAUUUACCGGAAACUUGAAGGAAGGCCAUAUCAAGCUCCACCACCCCCGCUCCUCCCAGAAUUUAGAGUAAAGGAAUGCUCACCAUUUACCUAUACUGGAGAUGAUUUUGCGGGACCUCUCUAAGUCAAAAAUCAUUCUGGCCCUCAGCAGAAAGUAUGGAUCUGCCUCUACACUUGUUUUGUUACCAGAGCUAUUCAUUUGGAUCUCGUACCCAGCCUCUCAGCUUCCCCAUUCGUGGAGAGUCUCAGAAGAGUUUCUGCCCGUUGCAGCAGUCCACUGUUGAUGGUGUCUGAUAACGGGAAAACCUUCAAGUCAGCAGCGCGAGAAAUCACGAAACUGAUAAAUGACCCGGGAGUAAAACAAUACUUUGCCAAUGCACGGAUGAAGUGGACGUUCAACCUUGAAAAGGCCCCUUGGUGGGGUGGCAUAUUCGAAAACUUGUAAGAUUUAUUAAGAGAUGUCUGAAGAAGACUAUCGCCGGUGCAACCCUUACCUAUGAAGAAUUGCAUACAGUAGUCGUGGAAGGGGAAAUGAUACUGAACUGCAGGCUUCUGUCCUACGAGUCAGGCAAGGAUACUGAAGAACCCCUUACCCCGUCGCAUCUCAUAUGUGGGCGACGCCUAAUGAGCCUUCCAGACAGCAACACCAGCGAUACUCCAGAUUAUGACGUUGAUGUUCAGCCACAGGAUCUAAGCAGAAGAAUGCAGCACCUGAGCAACGUUCUGAACCAUGUUUCGAAAAGAUGGAGAAACGAGUACCUGAUCGAGCUGCGAAAUACCCAUCGUUACCUCAAUUAGAAUGGCACUAUCAGAACUUUAUCUGUUGGAGAAGGAGUUGCUGUGCAUGAAGAAGACCAGCCCAGAGGAAAAUGGCGUGUUGGCAAGAUUUUAGAUCUCAUCGUUGGAUCUGACGAUUGUACCAGGGGAGCUUUGGUCCAAGUCCGAAGCAAAGGAGGAAAAUGCACGAAACUCAGGCGCCCAGUGCAGCGGCUUUACCCUCUAGAGAUCCAGUACGAAGUUCCUGUCUAACAAACAACCGAAGCAAGCUCAAGCCGGAAUCCUGAUCCAGUAAGCACUGAAGUGAGAACUGAGCAAACCAGUGUCUACACGGAGCUGCCCAAGAAGAGCAGCUGCCUUUGAGGUCGACCGAAGAAGGAAGACCUGGCUGGAGGAUCUGACUUAAUGAACUUUGAACUUUGCUACGAAUUAUCGUUGAGUUUAGGUGUCUGAAUAGUAUGUAAGGGUUGUUGACCAGAUAGAAUUAGGUAGCCAAAUAAUAAUCUGGUCAACAGGGGGGAGUGUUAUGGACUUGUAUAGCGUUACAACGUGACAUCGGGUCACGUGAAACUUGAUGUUUGCAAUCAUGUAACUUUAGAGUUUUCGCUUUUUUCUGUUCUGAAAUAAAUCUCUCUGUGUGUGGUUGAUAUUUAUCGAUGUGGAACCUUAAGAUCCUUUGAAUUCUUGGAAACCAGCGAUUAACGCCCUAUAAAGCGUUACCUUCUCUUACAAUUAUAUUCCGAAAUGUGUUGAAAACUGUAUUCAGAUAUUUGCAAUAAAGAAGAUGAACUUGAUGAGCUAUAUGGUAAAUUCCAUGAAGCUGAGGCAGAUUUUGCUACAAUGAGGCAUAAACGAUCUCCAAUGAGAAUACAUUUGAAAAAGUUGAAAGAAAUGGAUGAUAACAUAACUCUGGCUGAUCUUCUUCAUGUAAUUUGUACUGAUAUCAUGAAUGACAACUAUAAAGAGUAUUUCAGUGUGAUCAAGAAUACAAAGGUUGAUAACAUUGGUGAAUAAUCUAACAUAUAGUAAGAGUAUUCAGAUUUAUAUCUGCAUUUUGCUAUAAUGGCUAAAAAUAUGAUGUGUUUCUGGCUGUUGAAACCAAAACUAUUUAAGAGUAAAUUAUAUAUACUAUAGUAAGAGAGUAUUCAGAUUAAUAUCUACCUUUUGCUAUCAUGAUAGCCAAAAACAUUUUAUUGUUCUGGCUGUUGAAACCAAAACUAUCUAAGAGUAAAUUAUACCGGGGCGUUCCUAGGCAUUUUUUGUUUGUAAGCUUUGGUGGAGGAUAUUGAGGGGAAAUACAAUGUGGGCGCGUUAGCGCCCAUAAGGAGAGCCCAAGGUGCGACAUGCUAGCGGGCUCCGGGGACAUAGCUUCCCGGAAAAUUCUGAAAAUUCAAGUACUGUGAGAUGUAAUCUGGCGCUUAAAUUAAAUUGGCGAGGUGAUAGACUAAAGAAAAUAUAGAUGGCAGAUGUACCGGCUCUUUGCCAGUACAUCUCUUUUUAAAUAAUAUAUAUCAUACCGUCCGAAUCACUUGUAAACCCGUGCUUAUUUGCUUAAAGGCAGGUACGCCCCUGUUAUAUAUACUAUAGUAAUGGCAAUGAUAGAAAAAACAUUCAAGAAUAAUGAAUUGGAAAUUGAGUUGACUUCAUAUAUUGAUACCAAACAGAAUAUCUGGUUCACGAGAAAAGAUGUUGCUAAAAUUCUUGGAUAUUUUGAUACAGACGAAGCUUUGAGAGAAAAUAUUUCUAAAAAAUACCAAAAAAGCUAUCCCGCCUGCCAGACGGGUCAGGUCAGAAAUAGGAUUUUUAUAUCAGAACCAGGGUUUUAUGAAUUAAUUUUGCAUCAAAGCUUGAAGCUUGAUGCUUGAAGGUUAUAUGAAAGGCCAGCCGGAUAUUAUCAUCAUGAAUAAUCAUAAGGAGUACAACUGCCUGUGUAUUGAAUUCAAGAGCCCCACAAAUAAUUACAAAAUUAGUGAAGCUCAGCUGGAGAUGAAGAAACGAACGAUACAAACAAAAUGGAUAUAGAAUCCUAAUAUCCAAUGAUUAUGAUGAGAUUAACGCCUAUCUAAAUAAACACAUUUGGGGAGUCAGAAUUCCAUUCAGAUACUGCUCCAAUCAGUUCCGGUCAAAGGAAACAUAUCCAAUGUAUAUUAGAAGUUUCCAUAAAAGAUAAAUAUGAUUUUAUUUACAAAUUUUAUUAUGAGAAUAUUUGCUUCCAUUUGUAAUGGUUUAAUGACACCUUGAAGGCAGGGUUGUCAUUAAGAGCCGGGGGCGGGGAUUUUUCCCGGCUACUAAGAGAGUGGCCCCCGGCUACUUUUAUUGGAAAAUAGAACAAAAAUAGAACCAAAAGAAAUCCCUAGCCGUUUGAUUCCCCGCCUACUUGUUGUAUUUACCCGGCAACUUGAAAUCAUAGUGACAACCCUGCCUUGGGCAAAUGUAUUUUCUUUUUUGCCAUAUUUUAAGAAUUUCCAUUUGGUGUCUCUUUUUAGCGGGGCUCCCACGCUCGCGACAGAGCCCCAUACUCAUGGAAUAUGGUCAACCUCUUUUCGUUUGGUUGUCACGUGAUUGACCGAGCGUGCGUACGUACGCGUCUACAGAUUGUAAGGGUGGGGUAGGGAAGACCAUCAAAAGGGAGGGAGGGGUGUCUUGGCAAGUCCACAUCUUGUAUAUUGGACAUUCACAAAAUGGUCAAUUGACAGCUGUCAAACCAGGAUAGCCACUGACCAGUAUCACAUGAACAUAUCGCGGGUUCAUGUGUCAACUCAUCGAGGUGACGUGAUUUAUGUGGAAGCUGUCCGCUGACCAGUUGUUUUACUACAUCGCGAUCAAUGUUCAAUCUCGUACUUUCUUUCUUUCUUGCUAGUUUGAGAGCACAGGAAAAUUGAUAAUGCACACAUAUUGGACAUCAAUGUUGUGAUCAAUUGAUAGCUGUCAAACCAGGGUAUCCGCUGACCAGUAUCACUUGACCAUAUCGCGGGCUCAGGUGUGAAGUAUUUUUUUGAAGUUAUCCACUGACAAGUCACUAGUUUUCAAAUGAUCGCAGGCUCAAAUUUAAUUUUUUUAAAAUUCAUAUGAAAUAUGUCGUGUAUUUCUGCCUCACAAUUAAGAUUUUGAUUUCAAACUGACCUCGGAAGCGAAAAUUCAGCCAGCUUUUACAGGCAGAGAAGACAGUUGCUUUUGACUUUGCUCACCAUAAUCACGCUUUGGUCACGCUCUUCGUCCAGUGUUUAUGCUGUGAUUGAUCAAAAUUUGACAGGUGAGUUCAUGCGGAAAAUUUAUGCAGCAUCUUGAAUCUUGUUUACUUUGACAGCUGAAGCUGACAGAGUUUUGUGUCAGCUUGUGAUGUUUUUGACUGUCUUUUUCCACUGGAUGUACAAAAUGAAAUUCAGCUGCUGUCAGGAGUCUUCUGUUAUUCAUGGCUAGUUUUGUUUCUAUUGGGUUUUUGGUUGAGAAAUACGUCACUUGUCAAAGUCGGAAAGCCGAUUUCGGAUGGUAUCGUUUUCGUUUUUCACCUUGCUUGAUGCGUAAGAGGGUUGUAAAGUCUGAAGCGAUACUGGCCUUACUUGAUACCUUUCAGAGCUGCAUCUCGAAUGGUACGCCUGAGUAAUUAUUGUAUUUGAUGUGUGUUUUUUUAUAUCUAAUUUAAUGACGUCGAGCGUAGUUUAUGCGGCUAAUUUAGUUUACGCACGUUGUAAGAUUUGAGACAAUGAUCUGACCGAUUAUCAGUUUUGAUAUAAUCUUACAGAAUUUUAAAAUCCUUUAGACAUUUUCUCACCGCAAAUAGAAAGAAAACGUUCCAAAUAAUAUUUAGUUGUAAAAGAAAGCUUUGAGCGAUUUUCUUGCCUCGAGUUCAUCUUUGAAAAGACGCAAAGACCGGGAAGCCGGCUUAAAACAUAAACUUAAGCUUUAAGCUUGAAGACUCGGGAUUUUUAGAGACACUUUAAUACUUGUCUUAGUGAACGAAAAUUGUUGUCUCCCCCGCUCUGUAUAUGUUUCACCGAAUUAUAUUUCUUUUAUUAAUUGUUAGUAGUUUCUCUUGUAAUUUUAGUCGUUCAGUGAACAUCGCUUGCGGGAGGUACUCAAAAUGCCGCGCGUAUCAAACGCUUUUGAAGAUUACAGAUCGAUAAAACCAUUAAAUAAAAAAUAACCAUAAUAAAUUCUUUAUUAUGUUGAAGCGUAACUCUGUUAAUGUUCAUUCAAACACGACCACAGCUCGCUCUGCAAAAGUGAGAACCGGCUGGCCAUAUAUACUAGGUGAUUUUGGAAAUUUUUUCAACUGUUUAGCUAAAACCCCACGCGUGCUUCGAUCGAUCGUCCUGAACACUGCUGAAUAUUGAAUGAGUGCACUUUGUAUUGCAAAAUUGUGAAAUACUGCAUUCUGCCCGAGGUCUGUGUGAUAAAAACAGUCCCUCAUAGUACUGGUUUACCUCAGACGUGAUGUUUAAAUGGUAUAAAAGGCUGGUUUACACGCACCCAAAAUUCGGCCUGUUUUUUUUCCUGGCCUAAUUAACGUACGGUGAUCAAGAGCCAUUAUGGCUCUUAAAUGUGAUCGAAAAUUAUUGCUAUUUUGGAGGUGUACAUAUGAGGCUAUCGUGAGCUAUCUUGGGCAGUUUGCAAUUAUUUUUCUCUAAAAUCACUUAGCCUUUCCCUAAAAAGUCAAAUGAAUGUGCUCUAGCGUUAACUGAAUUGUGGAAUACAAGUUUAUUGUUUGAUUUAAAUUAUAAAUUUAUUAAUGGGAGCCUCGCUUUUAACCGUGGCUAAAUCUAUAUAUUAUCCUCAUCAGCCACGCUUCUUGGGCGCGUAUUGGCUGAUUUUUUAUAGUCAUCAGGCAUAUCUUCCUUCUGUAUAUACUCAAAUUUAUAUUGAUGAGCACCUUUUUUAGAAAUGCCAGUUUUACAAUUAUUGAUCCCUUCACAGACCAUCUUAACAAUACCAGUAUUGAUGCUAAGACGCUGCUGUACGGCAUACAUGCUAUUAAAGAAGACCACUCCUUGUGUAGUCUUAUUCAUUGCUUUCACACACCUCCUAUUUUGGAAAUUAUUAGCUGCAAAUGUAUAAUCACGUUUUCUGGCUGAUUUCUUGCAGUUUGCUCUUUGAGUUACAAUCUGCAAAUUGUAUAAACGAUUAUCUUCCCUGUCCUCAUUGAUAUGCGCAAUAACUUUACCAUCAGGUAUAACACCGUUCAAGCAUUCCCAAACAAAGCGAUGAACACGAUAUGUUUUAGAAUUUUUAUCCCCAUAUUUUCUUAUUGUAAAAGCCAUAUAGCCGUUAUGAUUUGUAUUUCCAGCAUUCUGAACUUGUUUAAUAUUAUGAAUUAUCUGACCAUCUUUGAAAGCUGCAUACAUAUUAAAGAUGGGGUGAAUUUUAUAAACACACUCAUUAAUAACUAAAUUCCUUGUUUCGCUAUCUGAUUGAUUGGAAAUAUGGCCAUUAGCUUCUUUCCGCUCAUUAAAAUCAGAAAUAGGGCCAUUUUUAAAAAAAGAAAAACCGACGAGUCUGUCGUUAGAAUAGAGGGUAACUCUUUCAUAUUUUAGAUAAGCUCACUUUUUCAGCGAUAAUAUAAAGCCGUAAACAAAUAACUGAAAAGAAACGCAAUAAACUUCAUUCUAACGGUAUUCAGCUGUAUUCAGAGCACGAGUUAUGGAAAAAGCACACUGAAAAAUUCUGAAAUGGCAACUAAUGAAUAACAAAAUGAAUAGCAGUUUAAUGGAACAUUUACGAAUACAACACUUCAGUUUUAAUUCAAGAAAGGUGAGUAGCCCGUCUGAAGUGUUUCUAAAAAUCUCACGAUCUGUAGUCUCACGAUCGUGUUUUGAGCUAAUGUUAUGAAUGAACAAUGGCAGAUAAAUAACUUAAUUUCUUGAAACUUGUUAUUUAAAAACCCAUAACUUAAUCCUAAAAAGCAAUUCGUCUAACGCUAACUAGAUCGUGGAUCCGUUCUCGCAAGUCAAAUAAGCUGAGCACAUGGCAAAAAAUCAAUUUCAAAUGCACAUUUUGUAGUUUUUCUUUCACGCCGAUGUCAAAAUGUAGAAAACGUCCAUGAAGCCUUUAUAGAUACAAAAAUUCCCUUUUAAAAACGUACUUUUCUUGACCAUAGAGUACAGAAUGUACCUCAAGUUCCUUCAGAAACCUCACUGCCUUAGUUCAAAACAAGCCAAGCGCUCCAAUCCGCCGUGAAGAAUGCGAAGAAUUCCUCGAAAGACAAUUCCAUAGCGAAAACUUAUCGUUUGUCCGCAAAAAGGAAACAGGGCAUUCUUUUGAGCUUGCUCUUUCGAUUUGUGUAUUUUAUCGGCGUAUUUUCAAUCUUGAAAUGCAAAACUUUGGUCUUGAAAACCACCACAUGAUGAACGCGCGCCGGCCAUUUGUUGAUGGAUGACAUAUACUGAGGUGUCUAAUCCGUUUCUUCUCCCACCUCCUAAGUGGUUGACCAUAAGACUUUUGUGGGGGAGGGGGUAUGGGUGAUUUAGUUCGGUAAGAAUUUUUUUCCCCGACAUAUAACGGUGUAAGAUUUCUUUUUCAGCAUUAUACGUCAUGAGCGAUAUUUUUUUUUCAGUGCAGAAUAUUAUUUUUCCCAGGUAUUUCCUUGCAAGCUUUUUUCUCCUCGAAAUCAGUCUGCAGGAUAUUUUUUUCCUGAAAUCACCCAUAACCCCCUCAAAAGUCAAAUGGUCGGCCCCUAAAAUCCACCAAACAUUUGCUCAGUUGACAGAUUCCGAUUUUUCAAUCAUUUCCAAAGCCUUUUGAAACAAUAGGGAACAAGAGGAAAGGGGAGGAAUUCGUUUCUACUUACCCCUACCUGGAGACGUACGGACGUACGGUGACGUCAUAACCAAAUUUUCUCGGAUGGAUAGUUCACCAAAUUUUCCUAGUUAUGGGACUACGCUCGCGCGCGCGGAGGCGCCGCUCUUAUUUCACCCAAUGAGUUAGCUUUUUAGUUAUUUUGGGUGUCCCACGACUGUUUGUAUUGUUAUAUUUAUAGUUAUAUUUCUUGUAAAUUCUUUUAGUUGUCUGUCUACAGUAGUAAAAUAAACUGAUGUCUCAUGUCUCUUGUAAACGAUGAGGCAGCUCAUUUAACUAGGCUGGAGCAACAUCAUGGAGGAUCUUGUAUGUGACCAGGAGAAUUCUAAAAAUAAUUCUUUCUCUCACGGGAGCCAGUGUAAACUUUUUAAAAUGGAGUGAUGGGAGCAGACGUUUUUGCUCAAUUAUUUUGCGUUGCGACUGUAUUUUGCAACAGUUAUGUCGUAGGAGGGUAGGCCGUGAAGAAUGCUGUUGCAGUAAUUGAGUUUUGAAGAAACAAAUUCAUGAUUAAGAAGUUCCUUAACAGAUCUGGAUAGAAAGUUUGUAAUUUUUCCGAUGUCGUGAAAAGAAUGUCAGGCGAAGCGAUGUGUGAUUUGCUGCAUUUUCAAACCCGUAGAUGGAGAACUUAUAUCAGUUUCAACAAGCUCUAAAGCUACGUGCAAACGGACGCAACAAUUCUCAACAUUGUUAGGCAGUAAUGUUGAGAGUUGUUACGUCCGUUUGCACGUAACUAAAAGUUUGACCGGUUUCAAACUUUGCGCAACAACUCACAACAACAUGCAGCAGGGUGUGCAAGCGGACGCAACAUGUAACAUCGAACAAUAUUGGGAGUUGUUGGCCAUCGAUGUUGCGUCCGUUCGCACGGGCUUAAGAGUUUUUUGACCAACUUGUUUAUCAGUUGCUCAGCCAUAUAAAGUUAAACCAGUGCGGUAAAAGCCCACAAAGUGGUUACAUUCCCCGAAAGUCUAUUUAGAGAAGGCGGCGGGGGAGAAGCCUAGUAGAGAUAUAGCCCUACUACUUUUUCCUUCGGGUUGAUUACAUCCCGAUGGCGCGUCUAAGAAUAAUUGGAUGCCCCCCACUAUGGAUAGAUUUCACUUUUUCUUUGGUUUGCAUCUUGGAAAGCGCUAUUCUUGUCACGCUGAUAAUCUAACACUCUUUUGGGGAUAAAGAUGGCUGCUGUAAGAGAAAAACACCUAGCAAAUCUAACAAUGAAACGCCCACAACAAAUACUUUGACCUUUUCAACGCUAAUGGUUUCCACGACAGUAAAGGACUGGCUGGCCAGUGAACGCUUCCAAGAAAGGAACGCACUCCACACCAGUUCCUCUUCUAAAAUACUCGGGAAUAUGGCAUAUAUUAUAGGCUAUUUAUGUCUCAUCUGGAACAGAAUGGCCUACUCUGACUUUCCUUGUAACCACUCUACAGAAUUAGCAGUUAUAUACUUAAAUGAUGGCGACAGAAAACAAGCCUGAAACAGAAAUUAAACACUCAGGCUUUCUGUUUAUUAACCUAUCCAAGGCUUUCUAUACAACUCGUUAAGUCACGCUGGACUUCUUAGAAAAACUUAAGUUUAGGAACCGUGGACCCGAACUGGAAUGAUUUACUGAUACUGAUCUUGUAGAUCUCAGGCUGUAAAGAUUCAGUGUAAAGAUGCGUUAUAAAAGAUGAACAAACACUGCUUGCAGGUAGCAAUUAAAGGUAGUCGAGUUGAGCAAAUCAAUAUACACCUGUGAUCAUUUUCAUCUGAUAGCUUUUUUGGUAAAAUAUCCUGAAUACUGUUUUAAAAGUUAUUUUGAGACACAUGACGCUUUUUUUGAGGUAAACUAUUCCAGGUUUUUACGACGACUUUCUUUGUUUGUCUAACCUUGAACUUUCAACAAAGUGAGCCCUCUUGAAGAUGAUUUUGUCAUACAUGAUAACAUGUUAGUUUUCUGCGGUUGCCAGCAGGUGCCUGAAUGAAAACGUGUACAGUCGAACCUCCCGUAAGCGACCACCCAAAAUGCAAAGACUAGGUGGUCGCUUACGGGAGGUGGUGGUCGUUUACAAGAAUCGAACCACAGGGGGCCUCUUCCAAGAAGAGGUCCAGACACAUCUACUAUAUGGAAGAUUAUUUAUUGCAUGUAAUAUCUAAGUUACGACAUCUGUAGUUCCAUUUUGUCACUUAAGUUUUUCAUAUAUUCUAAGUAACAUAGUGCACACAGCGAACAUAGAGAUCAGAGAAUGCGUCAAGUGGUCGUUUACUAGAGAUAAAAAACAAUCGAAAAUCAUUACCCGUCAGGCCCAAAAAGUAGUCGCGGUCGCUUGCAGGAGGUGUUCGUUUACUAGAGGUUCGAACUGUAAGGCUUUGACUGGGAAAAUUUUGUUGUUUUGGAUUGGCGGUCGAUUAUGGGAGGUGGUCGCUUACGAGAGGUGGUCGCACGUAGAGGUUCGACUGUAAUUUCGAGCCCUACAUGAUGAGGAGAAGGACUUGGUACCGAUGAUUUUUUUCUGUAUUCUUGUAAAAUUCUGUCAGAAUUUUUUUUUCGAACAAAAAUCUAUACUUUAGUAAGCAAUAAGGCACUUGAAAUUCUGCUUUUACAAUAACUUUACCUACAUACAUAUAGCCUCCUUCUCCGCUAGCAAAAAUCUCCCCUGCACAGGUGCACAGACGGUGUAUUUUUUUUUUUAAUUUAUCAGGAAUUUGAGGAAGAACAAGAAGAAGAAGGAAAGAAGUUCGUUCCUGCAGACAGGUGCACUGAAUCAGAUAAAGUAAAUGAUCUUAGAUCAUUACAACGCAAACUUGGAGAAACACUUAUCCUUUUCGUGAAAAAACAGAAAGACUCAGAAACCUGGGAGGCACUACAUGCAGAAGUUACAAACACAAAUGAAACACUUCAACAGGUUUGCUGAAUUGUUAAUAUUUGCUCCUGUUCUACCGUACUAGUUGAAAAUCAUGGCAAAUCCGGUACCCAUUCGUUAUCUGCUCAAAGCCUACAUGGUAUCAGAAUGAUAGGCAUUUGAAAGGGAGGAAGAAAUGGGGAAUUAACGCAUGAUACAACACAGAAGAAGGACUGACGAGAGUAGUAGGCCGAUUUCCCCCCUCCCUUUCGAUUAAGUGCCGCACAGUCUAGCAAAUAGUUUUCACUGACGAGUUUUAAAAUAAGAAAAAGCCCUUUUUUUGUGCUAGCUUUUGUAUGCGAUCAGCCUGACAUAUUUAAAAGUAGUGAACUUAGUUUUAUUAAUACAAUAAAUGUCAUUUUCUUUCCAGGUUGCCUCGAAGUCUCUAAGUGAAAUUUGUGGCACAGAUUUAAGUGUACAGUUUCUUAACAAUGCACCCAUUGCGGUAAUAAAGAAUUACAAGAAUAAAGGAAACAAGGUA